CAAUGGACUUCCGCGUUCCCAACACCAGGGGCCUCGGCUACUCACACAACCGGUUGCCAUGGUAACCCAGACGCCUGGUGACGGUUAACGAAAAAAGAAAGGACUUCCUGAAUAAACUGUUUGGAAAGUAAUGCCAAGUAACGGUAAAAUGGCGAUUAAUUAGUGUGCAGGUCUACAGACAAGUUUCAAGUUAAGACACAACUGGGAGUCUUCGCUGACUGACUGCUGGUAGGAAGGUUAUCAAUGCAUUUAAUGAGACCGAAGUCCUCCAAGAGGCGAAGCAGACCCACCGUUAACAGUUUCCUCUGUACUAAUUCGGACAGCAUUCCUAGGCCGUCGGAGUCUUCUGUGAACCGCCGGCCGGACAGCAGCUUCCUCUCUCGGCCUGACACCGAAAUGUUGCAGGCCAAGAGGCUCACGACGGAUGAAGUCGUCCAUGUGCUGCAACAGGCCCCUGCGGCCCCUCCACAGCCCUUCAACAAGUACAACGUCCUUCCACCCAUUGAGAGGAGGCAGUCCAAAGAGAGUCCUUUGAGGAGCCUGACCAAAAUGAUGUCCACGCUCGACCUGCCUAAUGAUGCUGUCACCCAGCCCCGCAGUACGGCUGGUGGACGCCUCAGAAUCCGACCAGAGCCCUCCGACGCAGCACGUACCAGCGGCAGUUUGCUUCUCGCCAUAAGAGCACCGUGCGGCCGGAGGUUCGAGCAGCAUUUUGACCCGUCAGACACGCUGCUGGCGGUGAGAGCCAGUGCAGAGGCCAGGUAUGGCGUCAGGUACGAGGGCGCUUUCAUUGAGACCAUAGCUAUGCCCCGGAGGGCCCUCACGGACCUGGACAUGACCCUGGCGCAGUGUGACAUCCAGAACAGAUCAGUGCUGUGCAUCUCACAGAGCAAUACAUCUGUGGUGGAACAAGAGAGGGAUUAAAUGUUUCAGAUUAAUUUCA